GAAAUUACAAUAAUAUUACAAAGACUUCUCAGAAAGAUAAGGAUUAGAGGUGUGUGAGGUAUUAUGGGACCUCUGGUGGUGGAACUGAGAAUUAAUGAGAGUGCAUUGCCUUAAUAAGAAAUGUAUGAGGAAAUAAAUGGAAUGAAAUUAAUAGAAAAAAAAAUAGAAAUAGAAAAUGAAUGGGAAAAAAUGGAAUAAGUGGGGGAAAAAAUUAUUCUGAUUUCCAGACUUCACAGGGGAAAAAGAAUCAUGGAAAUUAGUAAUAGUUUGUUAAUAGUUAAUUAACAGUUUCAGUCUUCUCUUAAAUAUUUCAUCUGCUAGAUUUAGAUUUUGCUCUUGGUAUGUGUAUCUGAAAAAGCCCUGCAGCAAUCUCUGUUGAAAGAUUUCCUGAACAUUUGAACCUGUAAUCACUAAGAACUGAAAAAGCGAACCUCAUUGGUCAAAAUAGAGAAGGAAUCCUGAAAGUAGGCAGCUAAAGAGAAAUACUGCCUUCACAAGAUAUUUUACGCACACUAUUGGUGACUGGUAGUUGGUGCCAUUCAUCUGGUGUAUUUUUUUUUUUUUUUUUGUCUAUCUGACUGUCAUGACAUUGUUUUAAAGACUGGACAAUUGCAGUGAUGGCUUUUUCACCUGCUACUUAUGCUAAAGGAAGCUUUGGAAAGGUGUAUAAAGUAACCUAUGGAAAUACACAUGCAGCUCUUAAGAAGGUGCCGUUCACUGUUGUAACUAUACAAGAUAUUCAGAAAGAGAAAAACAUAUAUUGGUCACUGAAACAUUCCAAUGUGGUGAAGCUCUUGGCUGAACCCUGGCUGGACUCUCAGGGCAUGUGGAAUAUCCCAUUGGAAUUAAUCUUUGGGAAAACUCUGGAAAAGCUUAUGUUCAGCUCACGAUCAUACAUGGAGCUAACGAAGCCUGUCAUGAUUACCAUUAUCCGUGGCAUGUGUGAAGGCCUCACUUAUAUGCACAGAAAGAAUAUCGUCCACCAGGACCUGAAGCCCGACAACAUCAUGGUGGAAUACAACACUUACCGAGCUGUCAUAAUUGACUUAGGCCUCGCCAGGUUCCAAAAGAAUGGGCUUUGCUUUGGUGCAGAAGGAGGCAAUUUGUGUUACUCUGCCCCAGAGAUUUUCCAAGGGAAAUACAGAGACCAGUACUCUGAUGUGUGGGCGAUGGGUAAAAUCAUAGCAGAGCUCCUGAUCGUGCCCAGAGUGAGACUCCCUCCGACUAUCAACACUCUCUAUGUGUAUGGAGCCAUGGGUUUAAAUCCUUAUGGUUUCCCCGUCUCUAGAAUGGUGGACAGCUUUGUUGUGUUCAGACCUACAAUGCAGCAGAUCUUGGGAGAUAUUAUUAACGCAGGAAAGAGGUGGAUUUUGUUCAGCUCCAUUUUAGGGAAUGUAGGACUAGCUAUUUAAAAGAUUCUCAAGAAUCUUAGAUUUGAGAAUGAGUUUAUUGCUGAUAAACUUUAGUAACAUAAUUUUACGAAAUUUUACGAAAUUUUACGUCCAACAAUCAAAAGAGCCUAAAUUAUUUUUUUAUGUAUUUUUGUGAGAAUCUAAAUUUAUUUUACUGCAUUUUUGUCAGAGAUUAUUUUUUCCUGAGAUUUACAUAAAAUGAUUAUAAAGAUAUAUAUAUAAUUUAUUUAUUUUAUUUUUUGCAGUGCAUAUUGGUUGAUUAUGAUCAGUGUCGGAUUAGUGGAAUACAAACAGGGUUUCAUUUGAAAAGCAUGUUGUAUAAUAUCUUUUUCUCAAUGGUUUUGUUCAUUUUAAUAUAUUGGAUGAUGAUUAAAAAGCUGAUUUUACUGAUUUGAUUGAAAUGUAAGGUGUUUGUUCAUUACAGAAAUAACUUCUUUAUUGAUAUGCAUUUGUUGGCAUGUUUCACUUUCUGACAUUUUGAGAUGUUACUGCUUAGAAGUUGCCAUUUCAUGCCUCAGAAGACAUAAUGGAGAUCUCAUAUGUGUUUCCUUUAAUAAUCAGCUUAGUUUCAGAUGUUUCUCUUAAAAGAUGUGGAAAUGUGGAAAAUGCUAUUAUCUGCAGUUUGUAGUUCGACCACUAAAUCACAAAAAAAUAAGUUAUUAAAUGUUCUUUCAGUUGCAGCCAAGUUGGUUUAACUGUUA